GGGGCCAAAUACUUUCACUAUGCACUGUAUGUAAAUGAUUGUUGCUAUUGCCGUAAGCAUCACUUACAUUAACUGCCAAACUUUUGUGUUCUUUCUUACCAUCCAAUUCUUAGCAACUCAUGUUUUGUUAUCACAUGUUUAUUUUACAGGUGUGUGGGGUUUUAACGGACUAUUGUGUGCCGAAUUAAAGGAACUGUACUGUAUGUGUCUUUAAAUUAACUGUUGAGUUUGUUGGUUCCCAUAUGUGUUGAUGGAGAAUGUAGGUUACGGUAGCCCUAUACUUAGUGUUAACCCAUUAAAAGCAACGUGCGGCAAUGUUUCUACAAACAAUUUUCUGAUUUAUUUUGAAGAGGCUGCAGUAUAAAGAAGAACUGAACUGCUUAGUUACAAUAUAUUUGCAAGACUUCCUUCAACAUAAACAUUUAGCCAUUGGGCAUAAAAAUGUCUGCACUAAAUAAAUGAAAAAUACAGGUUUAUUUUGCAGUUUUUUGACUCAUUUUUAUGUUUGAAAGCUAAAAGUUCAUUGCUUUUUGUGUGUUUAUGGUACUGCUUCCUUUCAGUUAACCAUUUUGUUCAUUUUAAUAUAUGUAGCAUACCCCGAUUUUGGCAGUGGCUGCUAUGUUUUCUUGUUACCUGCUAUGUUCUGACCAUGUCUGUGACAGUUCAGUCAUUCUGUCUUAUCUAACACAUAUCAUAAGAGAUCACUAUUUUGUUUACUUCUUCUUGACUUACAUGGGAUUUACGUGUUAUAAAUAAUGGUCUGUUGCUGACUGUUUACACUGAUGUCAAAAGACUAUUUUUAUCUUGUUACACUUACAUUUUAUUGUACUCACAAAAAUAAGUAUUUCCAUAAUGCCAUUUUAUUUCACUAGGUCGUUGGUCUCAUUUUGUACGAUAUGAUGUCUACUUUAACAGGUUCACUGUGCAAGCAAAGAGUCCCCCUGAAGAGGUUCAAAUCAAUGAGACAGGUUAUGUCUGAACAUGGUGUCAAAGCCCCAAGAGUUGAUCCAGCUACAAAGUAUUACAACCAGUUUGCCACUGCCUAUGAGCCUUUGUCGAACUAUAUGGAUAUGUCAUACUAUGGAGAAAUCAGCAUUGGGACACCACCCCAGAACUUCCUGGUUCUUUUCGACACUGGAUCUUCCAACUUGUGGGUAGCCUCAACCUAUUGUCAGAGCCAGGCAUGCACCAAUCACCCUCUAUUCAACCCAAGCCAGUCUUCCACCUAUUCUUCAAACAACCAGCAAUUUUCUCUGCAGUACGGAACUGGAAGCUUGACUGGAAUCCUGGGAUAUGACACAGUCAGCAUCCAAAAUAUAGCAAUUUCCCAGCAAGAGUUUGGCUUGAGUGUGACUGAGCCUGGAACCAACUUUGUGUACGCUCAGUUUGAUGGCAUCCUGGGACUGGCUUAUCCAUCAAUUGCUGAAGGAGGAGCCACCACUGUGAUGCAGGGAAUGAUCCAACAGAAUCUUAUCAACCAACCUAUGUUCGGAUUCUACCUGAGCGGACAGGAGAACUCUCAGAGUGGAGGAGAAGUUGCUUUUGGAGGAGUUGAUCAAAACUACUACUCAGGACAAAUCUACUGGACUCCUGUCACCUCUGAAACUUACUGGCAAAUUGGAAUCCAAGGGUUCUCAAUCAAUGGACAAGCUACUGGAUGGUGUAGCCAAGGAUGCCAGGGUAUUGUAGACACUGGAACUUCCCUGCUGACUGCUCCUCAAGCAGAAUUCUCCAGCCUCAUGCAAAGCAUUGGGGCACAACAAGAUCAGAAUGGAAAUUAUGCUGUGAGCUGUGGUAACAUCCAGAGUCUUCCAACAAUCAGCUUCACCAUUAGUGGGGUAUCUUUCCCACUUCCACCAUCUGCUUACGUUCUUCAGAACAAUGGAUACUGCACCAUUGGUAUUAUGCCAACUUACCUGCCUUCUCAGAGUGGACAACCACUAUGGAUCCUUGGUGAUGUCUUCCUCAGGCAGUACUAUUCCGUAUAUGACCUUGGCAAUAAUCAAGUUGGUUUUGCUUCUGCUGCAUAAACAUCUUGAUCUACAUGUUAACAGUGUGUGUGAUUUGCCCAGUAAAGCACCAGCAAAAUCAUUAUGAAGACUUGAUACAUGUAUAAGUGGCAUUAAUAAAAGUAGUGUAAUCA